AUGACAUCUUCUACCACUGCAAAAACGUACUCAAACACAACAACAACAAUAGCAGCUAGGUUAUCACCAGAAUCCCAAACACAAACUAAAGAAUUGCCCAAUAUCGUCAAAGGCGAUUCCAAUCCACAUCUGAUCCCACAUUUUGCAUCCGCAAAAGAUGAAAGAAAAUGGGUAUUACAACAUAUGGCAGGUGCAUUUAGAGUAUUUGCCAGAAAAGGGUAUACCGAAGGCACAAUUGGCCACGUUUCUCUUCGAGACCCCAUUGACCCCACUACGUUUUGGAUUAAUCCCAUGGGUAAACACUUUGGUUUAAUUAAAGUUGGUGAUUUAGUUCAUGUUGAUCAAGAUGGCAACAUAUUGUCCACUGGUAAUCAAGCAGCAAUUAAAACUGCUGGGUUUCUUAUGCAUUCAGCCAUUCAUAAAGCUAGGCCUGAAGUCAAUGCUGCUUGUCAUUUCCACUCGACUUUUGGUAAAGCUUGGAGUAGUUUUGGAAAAGAAUUGGAAAUGAUUAAUCAGGAUGUUUGUAUUUUUUACAAGUGUCAUUCAGUGUAUCCUGAGUUCAAUGGAGCUGUAUUGAAGUCACGAGAAAGUGACAAGAUUGUGGAGGCUUUAGGUAACGGAAAGGGUGUUAUAUUACAGAAUCAUGGGUUGUUGACUGUUGGAUCUACAAUUGACGAGGCUGGGUAUCUAUUUACUUUGUUGGAGAAGUGUUGUCAGAUUCAAUUAUUGGCUCAACUGGCUUUGGUGCCAGGGAAAUCAUUGAGAGUUAUUGGUGAUGAAGAAGCUCAAUAUUGUGAAAAAACACACGGCGGCUCUGAGGCUUUGUAUACUGAGUUUCAACCAGAUUUGGAGAUGGAAUAUUAUUUGAACAAUGAUUUCUUGAAUUAA